AAUAAGAUCGGCCUUGUUCAGAUCCAAUGAACUGUUAAAUGGGUUGUCUAGCCCAUUCGUUAGAAGCCAUCCUCUUCUAGUUUCUUAGUUUGUUGCCACGUGUAAUUCAUCUUUCUUCCUGGUUCCGAUACUCGAAAUUCCCACUGUAAAUGGAAGCACCAAAAGACGGCUGCAAUCCCAGCGACGAAAGUAGCCUAGCUGUUUCUGUUCAAAUAGAGCCUCCGGUUUCCUCUAAUGGCAAUAACAAUCCCAGUGAAAGCAACCCUCAAGAACACCAAUCUGAGCCCAAUACUGACAAUGAAAACAACAAGAGCAGCGAUGCAUUGGCCAAGGGUUUAUCUAUGAUGCUUGCCAGUAUUAGGGAUUUCGAUUCUAAAGCUCAAGACACUCUCAAAAGCCAAGAUAACCUUAAUUGCGCCAUAGAUAGUCUUACCCGAGAGCUUGAUCAAUUGUUAGAAGAUGCGCCCUUUCCGUUCGUUAUGCAGUAUGCUGAGAAGAUUUCAGGAGUCUUGAUAGAAUGGAUCUGAUUUUAUCUGUGGCCGUCCUUCAAGGGAAGGACUGUAGAUUUCAUCACAAGCAGCAUCCACCCCUUGGAAAAUGAAGUGAAACCCAAUUUAAACUUCUGAUAUUGCAGUUGCAGAGGAGAGGCGUGCUGAGUUAAUUUGAAGCUAAGGAGUGUGAACAUUUUGUGAAAAAUGAACUGACACACCCCACAAGAAAACAAAGUGGUCAUUUGAUUCUCUGAUUUAGCGCUAGCAGCAAUGCAUUAAAUGAGAAAUCCCCAGCGAUUGAUGAGACCAACAAGUGAAAUUGAAGGAAGGAAGAAGCUCCGUAACCCACAAACAUGAGUCAUAUCGGGCCUUAAUUACAAGGGUUUUUGUUGAUAACUAGUCCUUAAUUGAUAAGGUAUGCAACAGUCAGUAUCAGAAUAAGAGAUUAAUAUGAUGAUUCGGGGCUGAGGUUUUUCGGUGGUUUUUGCUUUAAUGAAACCUUAAUACAAUUGUUAAUUGUUUGAUGAUUAGUCCAGAAUCUCAAUAUAUUUUCUUCAUUCUUGAUA